UUGGUUUUUCUUUUCAGUAUCAGAAUGUGUUCUGCCUGUUAUUAAGCUGAGAAAGAAACCUUCUUUGUGGGAGUUUCCCUUAGUGAGUGAAGAUUAGAAUGAAUGGACAUAUUUCAAAUACCCCUUCUGGUGGAUAUGGAAAUUACACUUCUCAAAUCAACGGAUAUGGCUCACCCACCUUUGCACAGGCAGAACGGGAACAAAGUUCGAAAACGAGUGCAAAGGCUCUCUAUGGAACAGAAGGACUUUAUUUCUUCAGAUCAUCCUCCAAACAAAAAAAGAAAGAGCAAAGAAAGAAUUAUGCACGGGACAGCGCCAGCAGUGUAUCUGAAACUUCACAGUAUCAUGUGGAGCAUUUGACCACUUUUGUUUUGGACCGAAAAGAGGCUAUGAUUACAGUAGAUGAUGGAAUAAGAAAGCUGAAAUUGCUAGAUGCCAAGGGCAAAGUGUGGACUCAAGAUAUGAUUCUUCAAGUGGAUGAGAAAGCUGUCAGUUUGGUGGAUUUAGAAUCAAAGAAUGAACUUGAGAAUUUUCCUCUGAGCACAAUUCAGCAUUGCCAAGCCGUGAUGAACGCAUGCAAUUACAAUUCCAUUCUUGCGUUAGUAUGCAAGGAACCAACCCAAAACAAGCCAGAUCUUCAUCUUUUCCAAUGUGAUGAAGUUAAGGCUAGCCUUAUUCAUGAAGACAUUGAAAGUGCAAUCAGUGACAGCAAAAGUGGGAAGCAAAAGAAGAGACUUGAAACGCUCAGGAUGAUUUCCAAAGCUGACAGUGCUAUUCCUCCACCCCCAAGAGCUCCUGCUCCUGUUCCCCCAGGUACUGUUACUCAGGUGGAUGUUAGAAGUCGAGUGGCAGCCUGGUCAGCUUGGGCAGCUGAACAAGGAGACUAUGAAAAACCCAGACAGUUCCCUGAACAUGAAGAAACAGCUGAGAUGAUGGCAGCCAGGAUUGACAGAGAUGUUCAAAUUCUGAACCAUAUUUUGGAUGACAUUGAAUAUUUUGUUACUAAACUUCAAAAAUCUGCUGAGGCAUUUUCUGAGCUUUCAAAGAGAAAGAAAACCAAAAAAAAUAAAAAGAAAGGACCUGGAGAGGGGGUUCUCACUCUCCGUGCAAAACCGCCACCUCCAGAUGAAUUUGUUGAUUGUUUUCAGAAAUUCAAGCAUGGCUUUAACCUUCUUGCCAAAUUGAAAUCCCACAUCCAGAACCCUAGUGCACCUGAAUUGGUUCAUUUUCUGUUUACACCAUUAAAUAUGGUGGUACAAGCAACUGGAGGUCCAGAACUUGCUGGUACAGUACUCAGCCCCCUCCUAACAAAGGAUACCAUAGAUUUUUUGCGUUUUACUGUGAAUAGUGAGGAAGGGCAAUUGUGGAUGUCAUUGGGUGAUGCAUGGACCAAAGCCAGAGUGGACUGGCCCAAAGACCAUUUUAUUCCACCUUAUAUUCCACGCUUCAGAAAUGGUUGGGAGCCUCCUUUGCUGAGCUUUAUGGGAGCUCCCAGGGAACAAGAACUGAAUCAAUUGGCUGAGUCUGUGGCAAAUGUUGCAGAGCAGCAGCGCAAACAAGAAAUGAAAAGACUGUCAACUGAGCAUCCCAGUGUGCCAGACUAUCCUCCAUCUGAUGGGUAUGCAUUCAGUAACACAGUUUACAAAAGAGGGCCUCUGCUGGACCAGGGGGCAGCUGUGGCUGCCUUUAAGCAAACUGUUAGCCGACAUGUAGAUAGAAAUUACGAAGCACACAGCAAAGUGCAACACAAGAAAUAUGCCAAAUGCAAAUAUGAUUUUGUGGCAAGAAACAACAGUGAGCUUUCUGUCUUGAAGGAUGAUAUCUUAGAGAUCCUGGAUGACAGAAAACAGUGGUGGAAAGUUCAGAAUAAAAGUGGUGCUUCAGGGUUCGUGCCAAACAAUAUCUUGGACCUAUUGAGAUCUCAGGAACCUGGUUUGGGACGUUCUGAACCUGCAUAUACUCACACUAUACAGAAACAGAGGGCGGAGUAUGGUCCAAAACCAUCAGAUCCCACUCCUGCUGCUCCAUCACCACCUCCAACACCAGCUCCUAUUCCUGUUCCUGUCCCUCCCUGUGCACCAGCGCCUAUUCCUAUACCAGUUCCUGUGCCAAAAGCACCAGGAGCUAUCAGUCGCCAAAGCAGCACAUCUAGUGACAGUGGUAGUGGCAUUAUACGGGAUAGCCAGAGACACAAACAGCUUUCUGUUGAUCGAAGGAAAUCUCAGAUGGAAGAGGUACAGGAUGAGCUUAUUCACAGACUUACAAUUGGCCGGAAUGCUGCUCAGAAAAAGUUCCACGUGCCACGACCAAACGUACCAAUAGUUAAUAUCACUUAUGACUCUUCUCCUGAGGAUGUGAAAGUAUGGUUACAGUCAAAGGGGUUCAAUCCUGUGACUGUCAAUAGCCUGGGAGUAUUGACAGGUGCUCAGCUUUUCUCCCUUAAUAAAGAGGAACUAAAGAGUGUUUGCCCAGAAGGACCUAGAGUCUACAGCCAAAUUACUGUUCAGAAAUCUGCAUUAGAGGCUAGCAGUGGUAGUUCAGAAUUACAAGAAAUUAUGAGAAGACGACAAGAAAAAAUCAGUGCAACUGCCACAGAUUCAGGAGUAGAAUCCUUUGAUGAAGGAAGUGGGCACUGAGUCUUUUCCUUCAAUUUCAUUGUCCUUGGCAUUAUUCCACCAAGCUUUGUUUUAGGAAGCGAUGAACAGGGAUGUCUGAUUUAUUUUGUAGAUAGAUAUAACCUGUCGCCAUACAGAAACAAGGCAGCCAGUCGAUAAAAGUACUUGCUGCCAGCUUCUCACCACUUAAAAAAGUAAACACAAUGGAAGUUAAGUGAAGUUUGCAGCACGUGAGAAUCAGUUACUCCCAAAGACAAGUUUGCCUUUGUGGAAAUUACCAUUUCAUACUCACUUUACAGAUAAAUAAAUACAAUGUUGCUUUUGGUUCAUUCCAAUGAAGCUGAGCCAGCAAUAAAAUGUACUUGAACCCUUCAGUAAUUUAUGAUUUUGAAUUCCGUCUGUUGCUGUAAUAUAUGUAUGAUUCUUUCUUUUUGGCUCGGUCUUCCUCUUCCUAUGCAGGGUCACACUGCAGGGUGUUUAGAUUAUUUAAAAGUUCUUGAUGCCAGCAAUCAAAGAUGAAAUGCAUAGAAUAAGAGCAGCAGCUCAAGCCUUUGAAACGUAGACUGACUUAUUCUUGUAUCAUCUGCAAGAUUUUUUAUUACUAAUGAAUCUGUUGAAAGCAAAUAAUAUUCUGCGUUUUGAUUUCUGCUUCAUUGAUGACAAACCAUGAUAUUACGCAGUAAAAAUGAAUAGAAAAUACUAAACCCACAAGUCAGCUUGAAGUGGUCAGACCUAGCCAUAAAGGUAUUCACAGUAUUUUUUUAAUAGACUUACAUUUUUGUUUGUAACAAAACUAGUUUAAAGAAGAGUAUAAUCCAGAUUUUUUGUGUUGAUCAUAAAUGUCAAUUUUUCUGUAUGUAAAAAGCUAUUUGUUUCUUUAUAAAUUUAAUCUUUUGAAAAAAAAAAAGAUUGAUUCUGAAGGGGAAAAACUUUCUUCCCAGCAAAUGUUAUUUUUGGAAACACAAUGAUUUUUGUCACAAUGUUCUAUAAUUUCUCUUGUAUAAAGAUCAUCACUUCAUUUAGAAAGAUUUAAUCCACCUAGUUUAAUUAAUUUUCAUAGUGCCUUUUCACAUGAAUCAGCUGGAAGUCUGCAAUAAACAGUAUUUGAUGUAUGUUACAUAGUUGUAUCUUUGCUACAAAGAAGAUAUUGAGGUAAGAAAAUGUUCCAGAUUUUGAGUGUGUUUUUUUCUCUGUGUACAGAAAGAAAAUUUGUCAUAUCCACUUCAUUUUUUUCAGAAAUGAAAAUUCCAAAACCUAAUAAAUGUAUUUAGUGCCAUUCGUCCUAAAUAACCUUAUAAAUAUUUUUGGUAUGUGUAUGUUU